AUGAGCUGCAACUGGGCGGCGGGUCCGGCAAGCUUUGGAAGCCUCGGCUCAUCAUCUCCGCAACGGCCUUGCGCAACUGCUGGACGGGCUCCGAACCGAUCGAGCCUUGAUGGGGCGCCCUGCAUACGAAACCAGGGCUCGGGUUGCGGCGAAAUUGCCACAGAGAAUUCGCCCGAAGCCGAUGUUGUGUCGGAAGAGAAAGCCAAGCGGAAGCUCCAGUUCAUCAGCGAGAAGUACGAGGAGCUCAGGAAGCUCCACCACGAGCAUGCAGCUGCAGAAGCUCGCAGCACAGAAGCGACGCUCAACAGCCUAAAGGCGGAAGCUCGUGAGCUUUCUGGGCAAGUGGACGAUGCCACAGGCGUGGAGGAGCGCAUGCAGGCGCAGCGUGUGGAGGCUGAAGCCAAGCGAAGCGCUGCCGCCUGGCGUUUGCAGUUGGUGCAGUCAGUGCUGAGACUGCGGGAAGCGCAGGUUGCGGACUUGCAGCGCGAGCAAGCCUCGAGUUCCGGACGAGAGGCGUCGGUGUGGCAAGACGACAGACGUUUCCCCCAAAGGCCGAGGACAGGGCCCCUGAGGCCAUGCGAGGAGCCCGAGGCGGAAUGCCAAGCGGAGACGGCCCAUCCGCAGACCACGAGCUCUCGAGACUUCCAGGUCGAAUGGCUAUGCACAAGGCUCGCUGAAACUGCUAGGGAGGUGGAAGGACGGAUCGGACGACUUCGAAGUAGCAAGAGGACAGCAGAGUUGAUUUGCAGACAACAGCAAACAGCUCAGAAGCAGGCAUUUGCGGCCUCUGCUGCGGCUGAACUGCUCCGUGAGGCGCAGGCGGCGCAGGAUGCGGGAGACGAUGCCCAGGAGCCGCUGAAGGACCUUGGUGCGGCGCUUCAGGAAGAUCCUCUUGAUUCUGCACAGGCCCAGGGUUUCGCGCCCUCCUCACCAAGUCAAGCACGACAGGAGAAGGAGCUGUCUGAGACUGUGAAGCCCUGUCCCAAGCCUUCCAAGAAGUGUGUCCAAGCUGAGCUGCCGGAGAUGUGGUCGCUUGUGCUGGAGGAGAUUGGCCGCGCCUCGCAGCGCCUGGAGUUGGCAGAGCGACGCGAGCUCGGCUCCAGGGCUCCCGCCGGGCGGUCGCCCGCGUGGGGGGGGCCCCAAGGCUCUCCUUCCGAGGCCUGCAACGACACGUGGGACGACACGGCUUCCGAGCGCAUCUGGUCAGAUGCCGAACUGUCGCAACCAGCCAGCAUCAUGGAGGCAGUUCCACGGCAUCCCUGUGCCCAGGGCUCUCCGUUCGCUGACGAGGUCGAGGAAUCCUCUACCUCAGCCUCCGAGGCUUCCCAGGACUUCGCCAUCGGCGAGGCCUACAGGCCCAAUCCGACGGAUAGAAUCGACCUUGCGCUGGCAGCUUUUCUGCGACAUCGGCGAAACCGGCUGCGCAGGUCCCUCUUUUCCAGGCUUGCACACGGGUUGUACCGCUACGGCACCCGACGAGCUCUUCUGCGCUUGGCCUUCUGCGGCCGAGAGCUGGAAGCAAAAGAGGCAACCGACAGCGACUCCGAUGCCUGGGAGCCACUGGAGGAGUUUGCACGCCGUGUCGAGCGCGAGCAGAGCCGGCUGCUCCGACGGGCACGUGAGCGUGCCAAGGUCCUGCAGAAGACGCCAGUACGAAGCUGA